AUGCGUGCUCUCGUCGCACCCAAAUACACCAAACCUUCUGGCUACGAGGUUAUUGACCUACCUGUACCGUCGGUCCAAAAACCGAACGAGAUGUUGAUUAAGGUUCAUGCCGCCGGUAUCAUGACUGGAGACACUCUGGUGGCAGGUGGUACCAUGAAACUGCUGUUCAAGGCUCCAUUUCCCAUCAGGAUCGGCAUCGAGUGCUCCGGUGUAGUUAUCAACGUGGGUUCAGCCGUCAAGAAUUUCAAGCCAGGGGACGCCGUGUACGGCGCAGCCUUUGGACACCCCAUGGAAUUCGAGAACGCGCCGGGCUACUGCUCCGAGUACUGCAUCGGCAGGGAGUCACUUUUCGUGCACAAGCCGGCCCAUCUCUCGUUCGAGGAAGCCGCCAGCUUGGGGGGCUUCACUCUCACGGCAUAUCAGUCCUUUGAGCUCGGUGCGAAACACCUGACGGACAGGGGCAAAACACUGGAAGGCAGCACCGUGUUCGUUCCUGGUGCGUUGUCUGCCACCGGCGCUCUUGGUAUACAGGUGCUCAAAAACGUCUACGGGGUUGGUAAGAUCAUCGCCACCGUGUCAACGUCCAAAGUGCCCCUGGUCGAAAAGUACCUCCCGGGAAUGGUGGAUCAAGUGGUCGAUUAUACAAAAUUCGAGGACUUGAGCAGAAUCAUCCCUUCUGGGAGCAUCGAUUUCGCGUAUAAUACGCAGUGGAGCUCAUUGGAGUCGAUAAUACCUCUCAUGAACAAAGAAAAUGGCGUCAUAGUCUCCAUCGCAAGUCUAUUUCCGCCCAAGAUUCUACGGCAGGCGAUGGGGCCAAUGCUUCCCUUCUGGGCUGCCUGGGUGGCGGCGCUAGCACAACUGUAUUACAGGUGGCUUUUACGCGGUACGAAAAUAAAGCUGGAUUUCCUCUCCGGCAAUCUUGGGAAGAGGGACGACGUCGAAAAGACGGCGGAGAUUAUUGCCCUGGGCAAGGUCAAGAGCGUGAUGAGGGUUGUAAAAUUGGAGGACAUCGAGGCUGUACGCAAAGCGUGCGAUGAAGUCUACAGGGGGAAAGGGGGAUUGGGCAGGUUAAUUGUUAAGAUCGUUUGA